GACUUCACAAUAACUGUCUCUCUGUCUCUCUCUCUCCAUUCCAAUUAGAAAUCGAUUAUACACAAAAACCCCAAAGAAAAAAGAAAAGGUAAAGAACUCCGAGAUGAAUCUGAAUAUGAACUCAGUGGAAACGCUGGUUGCUCAAAUUCAUGGGUUAUCGGGCAGCAUAUCGGAUAUUAAUCAACUCCACAGCCUCUUGAAACAGUCCGAGGAUUUAUUCCAGUCCGAGUCGACCCGCCUCGCUCCUCUACUCACUGAACUCGAUCCGUUCAUGCACUCCCUCGGUUACCUUUACAUUCUGGACGCAAGCACAUCUGCUCCAAUUUCAAAAGAGCAAGCCAGUGAGCUAGUUCUUUCUAUAGCCAGGUUUAUCAAUUUGUGUGCUGCUGAGCAAAUACGUCUGGCACCUGAUAAAUUUACAUCUGUUUGUAAAAGGUUUAAGGACCAAGUUAUGCUGCUUGAAGACCCCAUGCGAGGUGUUGCUCCAAUGCUGACAGCUAUUCGGAAGCUGCAAUUGUCAUCUGAACACCUAACAACUUUGCACCCAGAUUUUCUUCUUCUUUGUUUGUUGGCAAAGUGCUAUAAAACUGGUCUUUCCAUUUUGGAGGAUGACAUAUUUGACGUUGAUCAACCUCGGGAUUUUUUUCUCUACUGUUAUUAUGGGGCCAUGAUUUGCAUAGGACAAAAGAAGUUUAGCAAAGCGCUGGAGUUGCUACACAAUGUUGUGACUGCUCCUAUGUCCAUUUUGAAUGCUAUAGUCGUUGAAGCAUACAAAAAAUACAUACUGGUUUCACUCAUUCAUGUCGGACAGUUCUCUAUCAGUUUCCCAAAGUACACUUCUUCUGUGGCUCAAAGAAAUCUGAAAAACUUCUCACAGCCGUAUCUUGAAUUGGCGAAUAGUUAUGGUGCUGGAAAAAUAUCAGAACUUGAGUUAUGUGUGCAGGCACACAAUGAGAAGUUUGAAUUUGACAGGAAUCUUGGAUUGGUGAAGCAAGUAGUUUUGUGUAUGUAUAAACGCAAUAUUCAGAGGUUAACUCAGACUUACCUAACUCUCUCCCUCCAAGAUAUAGCCAAUACCGUCCAACUAAAUAGUGCAAAGGAAGCUGAGAUGCAUGUACUUCAAAUGAUCCAAGAUGGUGAAAUAUAUGCAACAAUCAACCAGAAGGAUGGAAUGGUUAGAUUUCUAGAGGAUCCUGAACAAUAUUGGGAAAAAAGAAUAUUUUGCGUAGAUAGUACUGACGUUGCUCUUGAAUUUUGUUUCAGGAUAAUGAUGCUGUCUAGGAAGCUAACAGAUAUGGACGAACAACUUUCAUGUGACCCUUUGUACUUAGCAAAGGCUGGAAAAGAGCGACAGAGAUUUGACUUUGACGAUUUCGACUCAGUUCCUUCGUCCAAAUUCACCAUAUGAAAUAUAUUGUGGAAUACCCAUCCUAGCUAAUCUAUGAAUUUCGACUAGAAGGAACUAUUUUCGGUAUCCUUUUGUUUUGGAAGGGUGGACGAAUACGUCUUCUUAUGUGUUAGGGUCAAAUCAUGAAGAAGAAAUUAUCAAAUUCUGCCUUCCGUGCAGAAAAAGGGACAGUUUAUAGGGGCUUUAAGGGUAUGCUAGUGCUGGACAUGUCUAAACAUUACAGUUGAUUUCAACUUAUAUUUCUUUCUUAAUAUUGUUUAAUAUGUGUUUUUGCUUAGAAAACCAA